AAGGUGCAGGGCUUUGAGAGCCACAGUGCGGCAGGAAAACCGCACCACGGCACCAGGAGAUUGAAUAGAGGAGGGACUGCUAAACACAUAGGCUAUCAAUACAAGACUACAUGGACAUGAAAGGCAGAAGCCGUCUGCUUCCAAGGAACCCAAAGAAUGGACAUUUCUCUGUUUUCAUUCCGGUCAAACAGCAGUUUUCCCCCUGAAAUCCAAGGAAACCUUCCCAGCUUGGUACGACGGAGCCCAUUUCAACUGGUAGGGAGCAGAAUGGAUGAAAAACACCAAGACUAGCGAUUCAUUGUGUCAGCAAGACUGAAAAACACGAAAACGCAGUAUAUCCUAGCAUCUUAUGACUGAAAGAACUUGUGAAUAAUCUGCGGAAAGACGCCGCGUCUCUUCAAUUUACAGCCGUUUAUUGUUUUCCAGUGAAAUUCCAGUAGUGGGAUGCUUUGGCGUUGUGUUGCUUCAUAGGGUCUAACGGUACAAUUGAGGGAGAAAUAUGGGCGAAGUUCAGGACGUCAGAGAUGUUCAGAGGACCUUCGUUGCCCCAGCAAUAAAGUCUUUUGAGCACUAUGACUUCUCCCGAGCCAAAAUCUGUUGCAGCCUCACAUGGCUUGUGGCCAAAGCGUACGGGACAGACAGUAUCCCAGCAGACCUGAAGGACCCCUUCUACACAGACCAGUAUGACCAGGAGCACCUGAAGCCUCCUGUGACCAGCCUCCUGCUGUCUGCAGACCUCUACUGCAGGGCCGGCAGCCUCAUCCUGAAGAGCGACACCGCCAAGCCCCUGCUGGGCCACGAUGCCGUGAUCCAGGCGCUGGCACAGCGUGGACUCUAUGUCACAGACCAGGAGAGACUGGUCACUGAGAGGGACCUUCGAAAGAGGCCUCUACAAAUGAGCGCCCAUCUGGCCAUGAUAGACACUCUGAUGAUGGCGUACACAGUGGAGACUGUGAGCGUAGAGAAGGUGAUGGCCUGUAUAUGUCAGUAUUCAUCCUGCAACCCUGAGGUGGAAACGCCAUAUGAUACAGAAGAUGCAGUGACCACCUGGAUAAACAAGGUAAAUGAAUAUCUGAAAGACGUUGUGGCUCAGGAGCAGAAGAAGAAGGAGACUCAGAGCACAGAGCCUGCUGGGAGUCCUCGGUCUCCAACCAAGUGGUACAUGAAGCUUGUGCCUGCUCGGUACAGGAAGGAACAGGCCACAACCCAGCCAGUUCCCUGGAUCCCCCCAGUGGACAACCUGCUGAAAGACAGCACAGACGGCUCGGCCCUGGGCGCCCUGCUGCACUUCUACUGCCCUCAGCUGCUACCACUGGAUGAUGUCUGCCUGAAGGAGAACAUGACGCUGGCCGAUCGGCUCUACAACCUGCAGCUCAUUCAGGACUUCUGCAAAGACAACCUGAACAGCUGCUGCCACUUCAGCCUGGAGGACAUGCUCUACGCCUCUUCCACUAUCAAGAAUAACUACCUGGUGUUCAUGGCAGAACUGUUUUGGUGGUUUGAGGUGGUCAAGCCAUCUUUUGUGAAACCAAGAACACUGGGCAACGAAGGAACAGAGCCCUCAUCCUUGUUGAAGAGUAUGCCAGCUAUCCCCAUCUCCAAGGCAACAAAGAGAAGUUUCAUGGAAAGGCCCCCAAGUCCCGAAAGACCCAGUUUGCCCCUCCGACCCCAACCUAAAAACUCAGGAGAGAUCAAGAGGUCAACCUCAAUGUCUUUUGUUGAUGGCAACCUCGGCACCUGGCCCAAAGAGAAAAGGUCUGGGCCUUAUGGAGUGUCUUUUGACAUCCCCUUUGACAAAGAGGACUCCACUCCUGCCCCUCUUUCCUCCACACGUGGCAUGGUGAGGUCUGUCAGCACAGAUGAUGGUUCUGGUUUCAAGGUCCACCACCUGCCCCGUGGAAUGAAGCGCAAUCUGUCCUUCCAGCCAGUGAAUGGUCAGAGUGUUGGCAUUGAGGAGGAGGGCUGCCCAGACAGCCUGGCUGGUAUGGAGCCUGGCAGGCUAGCUUAUCCCAACAGACAUGGGGGUGUCAUGGCAACAACUCCCUCUAUGGAGGAGGCGCUUCAGAUUAUCCACAGCCCUAGCAGGCCCCCAGCGGAGGGCAUCAAUAACGGCUUCUUCCUGCACAGUCAGGACCAUGGGGCUGGUGUUUGUGGCUUAGAGCCGUUGUCAGAGGUGGACUCCAAAGGACCCCUGAGCACCACAGACACCACAGAGGUGGACACUGGCAUCCAUAUCCGAACAGAGGACAUGCUGGAUGAGGAUUCCUCUCUGAAAGACUGCUCUGUGAACAUGGAGCUGGAUAUGGACACACCAAGCCCUUGCCCGAGCAGCCAGAGCAAAUCCCCCUCAGGGGUGAAGUUGACCAGCUUUGCCGAACAGAAGAUGAAGAAGCUCAAUCCAUCAGCGCCAGACUCAGGGAGGGGCAGCAGCAGCUCCCUCAAGACUACUCCCGAGGGCUCUGAGUUUGGCCUCCCAUUAUCUGUCUCCUGGGCCCCAACCCCUGAGCACAGCCCCAUCCAUCAACAAACCACAUCGCCCCUUACUGCUCAAGCAUCGCCCUCACCUGUCCAGCUUCCACCCAAUGACCCUGCUCAAGUCAUGGCUACGGAGAUGGUACAGUUGAGGAUGAGGCUGGAGGAGAAACGCAAAGCCAUUGAAGCACAGAAGAAGAAAGUAGAAGCUGCUUUUACAAGGCAUCGGCAAAAGAUGGGUCACUCAGCGUUUCUCAACGUGGUGAAGAGAAAAGGGGAUGGGGCUGCCAGUGGAGAAGAAGGAGGGAAAACUGAGGGAGAAGGCAAGGCAGCAAGCACAAGUCCCGUCUUUAAAUUUGGAAGGAGCAAAGCAGACACACCUGAUGGGGCAGAGCAAAGCAGCACAGCCUCCUGUUGGACGAAGUCACCCGGUGCAGGGGAGGAGGGCGGACAAACUCAUGCUCAGCUAACCGAGGUGGAUCUCACAGAGUAUACACGUUCUAUUGAGAAACUCAACCACUCAUUGGCCUUCCUCCAGACUGAAAUGCAGCGACUGGCUCAGCAGCAGGAAGUCAUCAUGGCCAUGAGGGAGCAGCAGCAUCAGCAGGCGUGGGUCAUCCCUCCUCCGCAUACGACCCCAUCACCACAAAAACACAGUCGAGCUGUUACUCGAUCCUCAGGACCCUCUUCUCCUGCCGACUCCCCUCGUUCCACCCACCGCUCUCCAACCAGCAUCAAACGCAAAUCAGCCUCCUUCCACUCACGUAAUCCCCGCACUGCUCGUCCCAGCGAGCUCAAGCUGGCCCCCUACAAUCGGGUCCUGACUGCCCCGCAAUCUGUCGAUAGCAUCCCAAGGCUACGGCGAUUUUCUCCUUGCCAGCCUUUGGCAAGUUCCUUCGUUUACAUGGGGGAGAGACCAGCAACCGCCAACCCGGAGACAGUAGCCCCAGAAGGAGAUAAAAACAAGGAGGCUGAUUCUCUCCUUUCCCCUGAGAGGGAGCUUGCCAGUAUGUGUGUAGCCAGCUCACCCCCCAGCUCCCCCAGCCUGCAGAACAAAAAAGAACAAACAGAAGUAGAUUCAAAUGCCAAAACCCAGGAAACAGAGGCUCACAGCCAAUCCAAGAUCGCUGACAUGGAAAUAGACAACCAGACAGCUGGAGUUCAGAAGUCCGUUGUAGAUAUCAAACCUGCUAUAGAAUCGUCAUUUCCUGAGGUUCUGGCCCACCCUGUUGUCGAAACCUUCACGGUGACACCGACAGAGAUCCCUUCUCAGCCAGAGGCCUCAGGCCAAGCAAAGAGCAGCUUGAUUGAGGUUCCUCUGUCAGUUAUGAAGCCACUGGAGGACCUGACAAUUGAUGAUGGUUUGGAGAUGCAGCAGGGUAACGUGGAAGGCCUGGACGAGGAGCAGAGGAUGUGUCGUGGUUUCUUCUUCAAGGAGGACGGAAAGGCUGAGGAGAACAUGGCUCAGAAGAGGGCAGCGUUGCUGGAGAAAAGGAUGAGGAGGGAGAAGGAGAGCCAGCAGAGGAAGAUGCAGCUGGAGGCUGAGCUGGAGCAGAAGAAAGAGGAGGCUCGGUUGAAAGCAGAGGAGGAGCGUCUCAGGAAGGAGGAGGACAAGGCCAGGAAGGAGUUCAUCAAACAGGAGUAUCUCAGGAGGAAGCAGCUCAAACUGAUGGAGGACAUGGACACCGUCAUUAAACCUCGACCAGCCGGCGGGGCCAAGCAGAGGCGGGGCCGGCCGAAGUCCAUCCAUCGUGACAGUAUGGACUCCCCCAAAACCCCUGUCAGAGCUGCCACAGGUUCACGUCAGCGUGUCUUUUCAGUCUCCAGCUUGUCCCUGGCUUCACUCAACCUGGGUGACAGCGACAGCGUUCACUCUGAGAAGAGAACACCAAGGCCAGACUCUGCAGAUGGCUUCCUCUCUCCGAGUCGUUCCAGCAGCAGGAAUGGAGAGAAGGAUUGGGAAAAUGGAUCCACAACCUCCUCUGUUACAUCCAACACAGAGUACACCGGACCGAAGCUGUACAAGGAGCCCAGUGCAAAGUCUAACAAGCACAUCAUCCAGAACGCCCUGGCCCACUGCUGCCUUGCAGGCAAAGUCAACGAGGGGCAAAAGAACAAGAUCCUGGAGGAAAUGGAGAAAUCUGAGGCCAACAAUUUCCUAGUGUUGUUCCGCGAUGCUGGCUGCCAGUUCCGCUCGCUCUACACUUACUGCCCCGAGACAGAAGAGAUCAACAAGCUGGCAGGCAUUGGCCCCAAGAGCAUCACACGCAAGAUGAUCGACGGCCUCUACAAGUACAACUCGGACAAGAAGCAGUUUAGUCAGAUACCAGCCAAGACCAUGUCGGCCAGCGUGGACGCAGUGACGAUCCACAACCACCUCUGGCAGACCAAGAAGCCAGCCACCCCUAAAAAAGUAGUGCCUGCCCAGUCCUAAUGGAACUUGGUACCCUCCUCUCCCAAACAUCACCAUUUCCCCCUUAAAUGGAACAUACCCAUUUAAAUUUGCACUUCACUGUACAUAUCCAUAAAGAUUCAAACACCUGCAAUGCCAGUUAGAUGAAUGCAUAUUUGUCUUGUUUUUAUGUUUGUUUGUUUUUCCUCUCAUUGCAUUCCAGUCUUUGUUUUAUCUCUUUACCCCGGACUGGACAUGACAGGACUCAAAGAUUAUGAACAACUGGAAUGUAUGCCACUGUCAAAGAAUGAUGUAAAUGCUUCUCACUUCUGUGUUUUUAGAGAUUGUCAUGUUUGAGUCAGUUUAUGAAGGCAUGUGUGAGUGGUGUUCUUGUUUCCUAUGUGCCAAAUGUCAAAAAAGAGACAGUAUGAAUGCUAGGACAUUUUACUCGGUACACUGAAGCACUGAAUGUUUUUAAUCCAUGUACAGAUUGAUUUCGUUGCAUUAUCCUGUUGAUGUGUGGCCUUAUGCUCGUUUAGUUUUAGCGUUUGAGGGGAAUGAGGCGGUUGUAAAGCAGCGUGUAUACGGAGGCUUCUUUUUGUAUUUGGAAGAACACUUUUUUUCUUCAUCUCUGUGGGUAAAACAGUUUAUAUAUUAAGGUACGUAAAAACUACAAAAGGGCCAAAAAACAAAUUGCAUACAGCUAGUGUUAGCCACACGGUACAUGUGUGUUCAGCUCUACAAAGCCAAGCGGUCUCAGCUUUUUCAGAACCCUUUUUUGAGAAAGUGAUUUUAAAGAAUGCAGGACGUUUACUCUAGAUCACUGGUUCUCAACCUGUGGGUCAGGACACCUGCAGAAGAUCUGAGCUAUAAUGUGCUAUAAUGUACAAUGUAUGAGAAAUAUAUUUCUGCUAUCAUGUUUGUAAUUGUUGUGAUAAAUUUCUUUUUCUUGUGAGUAGUUGCAACCUCAAAACUUGCUCCAAUAAUUAAGUAAAACUGCGUGACAGUGAAAAUUAAAGUCAAGUGUCACCAUUGCUGCGCUCUUGCAACAGGGUAUUACUGGGAGUCAUUGGUUCAUCCAAAAAAAGGUUGAGAACCAGUGUUGUAGAUCACUUUGCUGCUGGUUCACAGCAGGUUUGUGAACAAAUAAAACAGCUCAGUAUUAUUUCUUCUUUAUGUCAAAAUGCUGCCUAAUGCAUCAUGGAGGAACUUUGCAAUAUAUUAACAUAAUGUACAAUCACACUCUCACUGGUAUCAGGAAUAUGACUGAAAUCCAAGACAUAAUGACACCCUAAGAAUUAUUUCUCUUUACAUCUAUCAGGAUUUAAAAUUAAAUCAUGGUAGUAGUACUCUCUUGACAGUAUUUAAUUUAAGAUUCACACACUACUCAUCUUAAUAAUGUCUCAUUAAACUGUAAGGCACUUCUGGUCCACCAAGCACCAAAAUGUAGUAAACAUAGUGCAAACACAAAGUUUAAAUUUCUGAUUAGUUAAAAAUCAGUUGCUCUGUUAUUUAAAAAGCCAAUAAUGCAUCACCGCGAGUUACUGCCUAACUCAUUAAAAUGGCCACACUGUUACAAGAUGGUUGCAUCAUUUCCAACACAUCUGUAUAUCUGUUGCUCUUUUUCAUCACACAAAUGUGUGUUAACCCAAAUUUAACAUUAUCUGAGUGUCUAUUUGCAGCAUCUGUCAGCAUAAAUGUCCAAAAUAGGCCAUAAAUAUAUUAGAUUAAUUUUAUUAUUUUCUAUUAUUGGGAGAAUGAAUUUCACAGAUUAAUGCAAGGCAGAAUAGGGCAGAUCCUUGUUGCUGCAGACUGGUAACAGACUCGCUGCAGGGUUUCACUGGUGUCAGUAUCAUGUUCCUUUUGCCACUGAAUGUCAAGUCAACGCCAUUCAUUUGCAGGUAUGAUUUCCAACAAAACCAAUCUGCUAACAUGGUGCUUUGCUUUCAACUGGGGUGGGGUGGGGGGUAUUUAUGACCAAAAGAGAGCCAUAUACAAGUUUUUGAAAAUGUAAAACAAUAUGACAGAGUGAAGAAGUGUUUCACUGUUGUUUAUUGGAAAGGAUUUGUCCACAAGAAGCUCUGUCCACCUGCUUUUGGCUGUUUAAGGCCAAGAUAAAAAAUUAUUUAAACUGUAAUGAUAUUGUACAGUGUGUUCAUGUGAGCUCAUACUUAUUCACUAUGAUGAGUUUGUUUUGUUUGUCAGACGCUGUGCUGUCACUCAACAUAUUGCUGAACAUGUAGUUUCAUUUUUGUUUUGUUUUGUUUUUUCUUUUUUGCAUUUAAUAAACUUAAGCAUGGCCUCAGCA